GGACAAAACAACAAAAACAUCUUUCUACAAUAUUUGUCUUUUGUCUGAAUUUAAGUUAGGAAAAGUUUGAUAUUUCUUCAUCGGUUCUUGCUCGAUUCGGAUAUGGAUGAAGAUUUCUUCUUACCCGAUUUCUCACUAGAAGACAUCAACUUCGACUUUAAUUUUAACGAAGAGAACAUUCUAUUACCUGAUGAAGCGAUCAUGCAUACACAAAGGGCUCAACGUUCAUCAGAUUUUGAUCAUCAAAUGCGUCAUGAGUUCCUCAAAGAGAAGCCAAAGCCCACGAUGAAGGAGAUGAUGGAGAUCAGUAACAAGCCACGAGUGAUUUCAUUCGAUUUCUCUAGUAAUGUUUCUUCUUCUCCAGCUAUGGAAGAUAUGAUUAUGAAUCAAUUGGUUAGACAUGGAACCAAAAGAAAAGCAUCUUCUCCUGCCACAAGAUCUCCGGUUCUCGCCAAAGAACAUGUUCUAGCCGAGAGAAAGCGUCGUGAGAAGCUUUCCGAAAAGUUCAUUGCCCUUUCAGCUCUUCUUCCAGGUCUUAAGAAGGCAGAUAAAUUAACGGUUCUUGACGACGCGAUUUCACGUAUGAAACAACUCCAAGAACAAAUAAAAAUACUCAGCGAAGAGAAAGAAGCAACAAGAGAAAUGGAAUCCAUCAUUGUUGUGAAGAAAUCUAAAUUUUAUCUCGACGAGGAACCUUACAUCUCGUCUUCUCCUUCAGAUCAUGGGCAAGUUGAUCAAGCAUUGCCGGAAAUCGAAGCAAAAGUAUCCCAAAACGAAGUUCUAAUCCGAAUCCAUUGUGAGAAGACGAAAGGAUGCAUGAUUAACAUACUAAACACGAUCGAGAAACUUCAAUUACACAUCGUUAAUAGUAAUGUAUUGCCAUUCGGAGACUCGACCCUUGACAUCACAGUCCUUGCACAGAUGGAGAAAGAUUUUUCGGUGAGUGCACUUAAGGAUCUUGUAAGGAACUUGAGACUCGCAAUGGUUUAGGCUUCUUUAAAGUUUUAGUAACUGACUACAAUACUACAUUGAUGGCUUGAUGCCAGUGGUUCAGCUGUGAGAUUGAAACAUUUUCCUCGAUUUGCUGUCGUUUCACUGCUGUCGUUUUCAUUAUAGGUUUUUUCACACGUGUACUAUCACGUGUUUGAUGUAUUUUGUAGGCAAAGUUCUUGUGUUGUCUUUAGUGGUUGAAACUAAAGGGGUUAUUUUCGACAACGACCGUUGACAUUAAUGUAAAUUGAUACAGUAUGUUCUUUUUCAGAAAAUAAACUGAUCUUUUUUUAUUCAAGGA